UCUCUGUGCUGUGUGUUCUAGGUGGGGACCUCUCUGGAAGCUCUCUACUGCAGCAGGGUCCCAGGGUGGGGGACAAGGAGGAGGAGGACAGAGAGACUGGGGACAUGGCCUUUCUGAAGGACCUCCUGAGCCCUGGACCAAUGGACGCAGACGAGUUCAGUCGAGAGUGGCAAGGCACCUUUGGCUGCUUGGAGUUCUCAGACCCUGUCCCCCCCACCCCCAAUCUAGUCCCUCCUCCACCUACUGGAGCGGCCUGCCCCCCCUCUCAGUCCCCCAGUCCCACCGGCUUCCUGCCCUCCCAGCUGCUGGACCACAGUCUGAGUUCUACAGGCUGGGCGACGCCUCCCAUGUUCCAGGCUCCGCCCCUACAGUCCCCAGUGUCGGGCCAGGUCCAGUCAGCUAAGGGUGGCCCAAAGUCAACAGCCAAUGUUCCUAAAGCUGCAUCGCGGGACAUGUCUGCAUGGUUCAACCUGUUUGCUGAUCUGGACCCCCUCUCUAACCCUGACACCAUCGGACGCUCUGAUGAUGAGAUCCUCAAUGCCUGAGGGGGGUGUGUAUGUAGUUACUGUAUACUUUGUAAUGUCUGUAAUAUUCUAUAUUGAUGAUUGAGGAGGAUUUGACUGAGAUUCAUCUUCUAUACAGGAUAUGUACUGUAAGUGGGGUGGGCUUAACCUUAGAGAUAUAAUAUAGAACCUAACACCUGAUUGGUUGGCCCAACAACCUAUCACCGGACCGGGCUCUACCAGUGACAUGGUCUAUAGUACUAAUUAUAAAGCGGGUAGUUUGGGUCCUGAAUUCUGAUUGGCUGAAACAGCAUUCCAGUGUUGUGUAUAUCAGACAACAUACCACAACUCCUAGUUUCCUGUUCCGUUUAUGUUGGUGAGCAGUUUAGAAUAGCAAUACUGGGUUGGUGGUAUAUGGCCAGUAUAGCACUGCUAAGGGCUGUAUCCUGGACCUCUGCUUCGCGUCGUGCCAACAGCCCUUAUGCGGGGUAUAUUGGCCAUAUAUCAUUAAACACAUGGACCCAGAACUUGGACCCAGAGACCCAGAACAUGGGCACAGAGACCCAGAACAUGGACCCAGAGACACAGAGACCCAGAACAUGGACCCAGAGAACCAGAACAUGGACCCAGAGAACCAGAACAUGGACACAUGGACCCAGAACUAAAUCGUGCAGAUGUGAGUUAACUGAGAUGAUGUCUAAGAUGGUCUAAUCAUGUAAACUGCAGCAUCUGGUUCUUGUCUCGACUUCAAGAACUGGAUUUGAUACAUCUCACCUUGCUAAUACUACCAUACAGCCCUUUUAGCAGGUAGGAUUUAUACUGUACUGUAGUCACAUAGAUCACCUAGGAAACAGCUUGUUCUACCUCACUGAAGCUCAUAUCACUGAUUCUGUUUUCGUGAUACAGGAACUCUAGAAGCUUUUCUCUGUGUGAUGUCACUAUGGGGUAUUGUGAUGUCACUAUGGGGUAAUGUGAUGUCACUAUGCAUGCGUUUGAUGAUUGUUUAUCAGAAGCAUAUAGCUCUGAUCUUUUCAUGAGAAGAAUGGGAAUAUUGUGCAGACGUAAGUCUCACGAUGCAGUUUUUAUUACUUUACAGGGCAUUCAGAAAGUAUUCAGCCUUCAGCUUCAGCUUUAUUUGAUUCAACUAUACCUUUUAUUUCACUUAAAGGAUGUGUAACGUCACAGGAUGUAUAUCAAUCACAAAUGCUUUGAUUCAACUAUACCUUUUAUUCACUUAAAGUGUAACGUCAUAGAAUGAAACGGUUAUCAACAGACAUGUUGAAGGAUCUUUAUUAAACUGUUAUUUGAGA